AUGACCGCCAACGUCCCCUCUACUGGGGCCACGAUACCUCCGCUAGAGCAAACGCUCAGUCCUUCCACCCUUCACACGCUCGAAUCUCUCAAGCUCAAGGCAGAUUCAUUGAAACAGUCCACUCAGUCUCUCAUUGAUACGCUCUGUACCGCUGCACCACCGCCACCGUGGCCCGAGAUUUUAUCCAAAUACACCGUCUUGCUCUCUCAAACUCAUACGCUCUCGACUUCUCUCGUCGACAAUAAUGUGAACCUCACCAACUUGGCACUUCAUCAAAGCAUCCCGCUCACCGAAACGCAAUUUGAGAGCGAGUUCAUCGUCUUAUUGCGAACGCUGCAGACGAAUGAGGUUUUGACAAAGGAGAGCGCGACCGUUCGUCGUCUGGCGGAGCGCAUGCGCACGAAGGGUUCCCUUGGGCCCGUCAGCGUGCCCACCCAAAAUGGAGCUGGCAGUGGACUUGGACCGAGCACCUCAAUAUCGCACGAAGAAGUUCUACAGGAGUGCACGGAGAUCAAAGAGGAACACGAUCGAAGGGUUGACCGCGCAGUGAGGGCUGUGGCGAUGCUCAGGGAGAAGUUUGACUGGAAGUCGCGAGUCGCGGUGGAGACUGAGGAGCCAGAGGAGGUGGAUUGGGCGGCAGAGAUGCGAAUUGGAGUGGAUGAGGGCGUCAAGGUCCUGGAAGGGUCCGAGGUAGGCAGCAGUGUUGGUGACGAGGAAGAGCUGGAGGUCGUUCUCGGGACUGGCGCUGAUGCAACACCAGAGCCAGGUCAGCCUGAUACGCCGAUGGCGACCGAAUGAUCUCGUUGUAUUCAGCAAUUUAUUCGCUGCGUUGUUCAUUUUUAAAGAUCUCUCUACUCCAUUAUAGCUUGAGCUAAGUCUGGCAGAAGUCCCUGCAGAGACUAGCAGUGUGGUUCAACGUGCAACGUUGCAUCCUCGCUACUUUCCCCCUGCUCGUGAACUGAACUUCAGAUUUUAGUAGAGAACGUAGAGAUUGC